UCUUCUACUUAUUUCAAAAUAUCGUUGAUAAAUUACUACUUUUAAAUUCUUUAUUCUCGUGUUCCUUCACUUAUAUAUAAGAAUCACACAUUGCUUAUCACUUCAAAUCUAAUCCACAAAACCUUUCAAACCAUCUCAUAUUUCCUUUUCCUUUUUUUCUCAUUAGAAUAAAGAAAAAUGGAAGAUUACGAGCGAAACUCAAACACUCCAGCUCAUGAAGAAGAUUCUGAUGUACGGAAAGGUCCAUGGACUGAGGAAGAAGAUGCUAUUCUCGUAAACUUCGUCUCCAUCCACGGUGAUGCUCGUUGGAACCACAUCGCUCGUUCUUCUGGGCUUAAGAGAACUGGUAAGAGUUGCAGAUUAAGAUGGCUUAAUUACUUACGACCAGAUGUUAGACGAGGCAACAUCACCCUCGAAGAACAAUUUAUGAUCCUUAAACUCCAUUCUCUCUGGGGCAAUAGGUGGUCGAAGAUUGCUCAAUAUCUACCGGGAAGAACAGAUAAUGAAAUAAAGAACUAUUGGAGAACUCGGGUGCAAAAGCAAGCUAAACACCUUAGGUGCGAUGUUAAUAGCAAUCUUUUCAAGGAGACAAUGAGAAAUGUUUGGAUGCCAAGAUUAGUGGAAAGAAUCAACGCCCAAUCAUCAUCCGCCACGUGUGAGCCAGUGGAUUCAAUGAUCACCGACCCAGGUCAACCUAUUGACGAACCGGGUUUCGUUCAGUUUGAACCGGAUCAUCAUCACCAGCAUCAGCAUCAGCCGUUAUCACGGGCAUCGGAACUGUCCGCAACGUCUUCGAAUUCGCCGGCUGAGACGUUAUCGGACGUUCAAGGUGGGGUGGUGAACGGGUCGGCUUAUGACCCGGUGGGUCAAACGGGUUUCGGGGAGUUCAACGAUUGGGGCUGUGUUGGUGGGGACAACAUGUGGACCGAUGACCAGAGUUUUUGGUUCUUGCAGGACCAGUUUUGCCACGAAAUGACAUCGUAUUCGUAUAAUUAAGCAAAAAUACGAUUACGAUACGUAACGAGGAAUUCAAUUGCGUCACGUUUGGUGUAUAAUAUUCAUUCGUGCGUGAUGCCAUUUUAGAUACGGCCUUGGUAUACGAAUCUUGACUUAAUUAAUAUGUUUUUCUUUUCCAUUUUUUUUUUCUUUCUUGAUCCUGUUAAGUGUUAAUCACGCCAGGAUAUUUGUGAUAUAUAUGUGAACUAUUCAAUAUAACGUUAUUUUUUUUUUUGAAUCUAA